CUUUCCUCUAUAUAAACAAGGCUCUCCAACGGAAACAUAGAAACCCACACAACUAUCUUAAAACCAAUUUAUCAUGUCAACUUCCAUGUCUGUUCCCACCAUGAAACAAACUCAGAUCUUUCAAGAUAUUCUUCGAAGUUCUUACGCAAGAAGAUUACUACUUGAUCAGUCACCAAGUCCAGCACCGUCCCCAUAUGCAGAUGAUACCAACUUUGAUGCAAAUGUUGUUAUGGUUCUAUCAGUCCUCUUAUGUGCACUCGUUUGCUCGCUUGGACUCAACUCUGUAAUAAGAUGUGCCUUGAGGUGCUCCAGCUUGGCACCAUCCGAAGCUGGUGACAACCAACCAGCAGCUCGCUUGAGCAACACAGGAGUCAAACGAAAAGCCUUGAAGAGUUUCCAGACAGUAAGUUACUCUGCUGAUUUGAAUCUGCCUGGCCUAGAUACAGAGUGUGCCAUAUGUCUCUCAGAGUUUGUAUCCGAAGAGCGUGUGAAGCUGCUUCCGACAUGCCACCACGGAUUCCAUGUCCGGUGUAUAGACAAGUGGCUCAGCUCACACUCGUCCUGUCCCACCUGCAGGCACUGCCUCAUCCAGACAUGCCAGAAGAUCGCCGACUGCAGCCAAACAAGCUCGUUGAACACUACUCAACCACCGCAAGAUAGCAUCAUCGUGCAAAUAGCACCUCUACAACCGGAUAGGUCAAUAUACUGUUUUAGGUGAACCUAGUCACCUAGACAUAGUAGCAGUAAUGUUUAAAACCCGAGUAAAGUACUAUUGUUUACCAUUUCCAUUGUAAAGUUGUAAAUAUUACGAGAAAUGUUACUUUCUUCAUAA